GGCCUGGCGAGCGCGCCCAUCCCGCCACGGUAUUAACCUUAGACAUCUACUUGAGUAAGACUGAGGUGGCGCAGGUGGACGAGCCGGCGGUGACUGCUCCCGCGGCGGAAGAUUGUAGCGAUUCCGACGACAUGGAGAAGAGGUCGGGCGGCCGCAGGUCGGGCAGGCGCAGGAAGUCGCACAAGUCCACGGACUCCCCGGGCGCGGACCCGGCGCUGCCGGACAGCACGGCGAGGGAUGACGCGGUUUUCGAUGACGAGGUGGCUUCAAGCGCCGUGACCGAAACUGUCUCUGCUGCUGAAAAGAAAGUGAAAUCUCCGCGCGCGGCCCCCGACGGGGGCGUCUCCUGCGCCGCGAGUCCUGAGUCCAAGUCCAUCCCCAGCCCCAAAGGGCAGCUCCGAGGGGAGUCGGAGCGGAGCAAAGCGCCGCUGCCCGCUUCGUCCCCCACCAAGAGGAGGGGCAGGAGCCGCGUCCCCGAGGCUGUGCCCACCCCGCCCGCCAGCAGCCCGCGCACUCCCGCCAAGGAGUCCCCACCCAAGAAAGCGCCGGUGCCGGACCCCGGGCCUGCAGCCAAGGGAGGCGCCGGGGAGAGCGAGGAGGAGUCGGCGCGGGUCAUCCCGCGCGAGCUCACGGUCAAGAGCAGCUCGCUCCUGCCCGAGAUCAAGCCGGAGCACAAGAGGGGCCCCCCUCCCGGUCACUUCGACGGCCGGGGAGAAGGUGGUCGAAGCAAGGAGCUGGGCAGAUCGGCGGGAAGUUCUGACAACGAAGGCCUCAAGCCCAGGAACCACUUAGGCGCGGGCAGGUCGACCGUGACCACCAAAGUGACCCUCCCUGCCAAACCCAAACAUGUGGAACUAAAUCUGAAAACCCCUAAGAAUCCUGACAGUUCGGGAAAUGAGCAUAAUCCAUUUACCCAGCCAGUUCAUAAAGGAAACACUGCCACUAAAAUCUCCUUAUUUGAAGACAAGAGGGCAAACAAUAGCCCUAGGCACGCUGAGAUUCGCGGGGCCAGGAACACGCCUGCCUCUAAUAAGACCUUUGUAGGGAGAGCAAAACUGAACUUAGCCAAAAAGGCCAGGGAAAUGGAGCAACCUGAAAAGAAAAUAAUGCCAAAUAGCCACCAGAACGGUGUGCUGGGGAAGGAAACUGCCACAGAAGCCAAAGUUACUCUCCCUGAAGAGAGUUCCAGUGUGAAAGGGACAGAAGGUGAGCCUUCCCAAGGUGAAGUUCUUAGUUCUCAGCUUCACUCAGAAGAUAAAGCAGCUGUCCCAACAGAUGCUAGCGCCCUUUCUGAGUCAAUGAUUACUGCUCAGAUUCCUGUCAAGGACCACAAGUUCUUAGGAGAGGCUGCUACAGCACAAGAACCUACUGUUCCUGAUCCCCAUAAUUCAGCUCUAGCAGCCAUACCAAAGCCACAGGAUAAAAUUUCUGACUCACAGUCCACAGCUGAGUCAUCUAAUGAGCCUUCUCUCUCACUGCCUGCACCCAGUUCUCUGGAUAUUCCCAGAGAUGAUUGUGCUCAAGUUCCCAUGAGCAAUUUACCGUGCGCUGAUCUAAAAGUGUCAGAAAACCAUAAUGGAUAUAUUUUGCCUGUGUCGCAGCAGGAUGAGAAAAUGGUCCCCAUCAAACUUACAGGCAGAGGAGGAGAUGGAGGAGAAGCAAGCCUUCUGCCCACAGAGCACAAUCCGGAACCUGUGGGAAAUGAGUGUCCCUCCAAGGUCCUCGUCCAGGUCAGGUCCUUUGUGCUCCCGGUGGAGAGCACCCAGGAUGUCAGCUCGCAUAUCAUCUCAGAUAGCUCUGAAGUUAGAGAAGUGCAGUUGCCAAUUUGUAACAAUAAUGAACUUGAAGUGGUUUCCGUUGCAAGUUGUGCGCCCCUGAAAGAGGAAGUGCUGGGUAAUGCCAGCACACCACCCAAACACUUUCAGAGCAAAGAAGAACCUGUAGCAAAAUCUGGUGCACAGGUCAUGCCUCUGGACUCAGAGAAAAUGCUGCCCAGCCAGGCUCAAAGUCAGGGCAGCAGAACACCCCUGAUGGCUGAAUCCAGUCCCACUGAUGCCCCUGGCACCAGUGUUGUGAAUGGCCAGGACAGCCCUGACAAUCAUUUGAACAUUUCUGCUGGCAGUGAUGUUCUUGAUUCUUCUUCUGAUAUGGAAAAAUUCACUGAAAUCAUCAAAAAGAUGGACUCCACAGUCUGUGUGCCCCAGAAGAAAAAGAAGUCCAGACUGCCAAACUCUCCUGCCCCUCACUUUGCCAUGCCUCCUAUUCAUGAGGACAAUUUAGAAAAGGUGUUUGAUCCCAAUGUGUUUACCUUCGGCCUGGGGAGUAAGAAAGAAAGCCAGCCUGAAGUGUCACCGGCUUUACAACUGAUGCAGAACCUUGACACAAAAUCAAAACUGAGGCCCAAACGUACAUCCACCGAGCAGAGUGUCCUCUUCAAGUCCUUGCACACUCACACUAAUGGGAAGGAUGAGCCUCUGGUGACUCCAGAGAUAAAUGGCAAAGAGAACAGGGACGUCACCAGUGGUGGAGUUAAGAGGUCAAGACUAGAAAAAAGCGCGCUGUUUUCAAGCAUCCUAUCUUCUUUACCACAAGACAAAAUCUUUUCUCCCUCUGUGACCUCAGUCAACACAAUGACCACAUCUUUCAGCACUUCUCAGAACACUUCUCUUUCUCGCUUUUCCACGUCACAGCCGGUGGCUGAGGGUGCCCCACCCUGCGGUUCAGACAAAGAACAGCCACAUCUUCUACCCAACAACUCCUUGAAGGUCUUCAAUUUUGAUUCUUCAAGUACCUCUCAUUCGGGUCUAAAAAGUCCAAGCUUCAUGGAAACCAAAAAAGAUCUGGACUCACAAAGCAAUCUACACUUGUCAGAAAACAAGGCUAAUCAAAUUGAGAAUGUCUUGAAGUCCAACUUGCCGAACUAUGGAAACAGUGAAACGGACUACGUGGGUCUCUUCAAAUCCAACCGGUUUGACCCAAGCAUGUCUUUCUCUGGAAUGUCAUUAUCAGAUACCACAACACUUAGAGGAAGUGUCCUAAAUAAAGUCAAUCCCCGACCUGGAAAGGUGGUGGUAUAUGGAGAACCAGAUGUCUCUGAGAAGUGUAUUGAAGUUUUUGGGGACAUACAGGAUUGCAGCUCUUGGAGCCUCUCUCCUGUGAUACUCAUAAAAGUUGUACGAGGAUGUUGGAUUUUGUAUGAGAAACCAAACUUUGAAGGGCACUCCAUCCCCUUGGAAGAAGGAGAAUUGGAACUCUCUGGCCUCUGGGGUAUAGAAGAUAUUUUGGAAAAAAGUGAUGAAGCAGAGUCUGCCAAGUCUGUGGUGAUUGGUUCAAUCAGACACGUGGUUCAGGAUUACAGAGUUAGUCAAAUUGAUUUAUUUACUGAACCAGAAGGGUUGGGAAUCCUGAAUUCCUACUUUGACGACACUGAAGAGAUGCAGGGUUUUGGUGUGAUGCAGAAAACUCGUUCCAUUAAAGUACAUCAGGGCACGUGGCUGGUUUAUGAAGGACCUGGAUUUCAGGGUGUCCCUUUUAUACUGGAACCUGGUGAAUACCCUGACUUGUCCUUCUGGGAUACAGAAGAAGCCUACAUUGGAUCCAUGCGUCCUCUGAAAAUGGGUGGCCGUAAAGUUGAAUUCCCUACAGAUCCAAAGGUAGUUAUUUAUGAAAAGCCUUUUUUUGAAGGAAAAAGUAUGGAACUAGAAACAGAAGUGUGUAGUUUUACGGAAGGAGAUGAAACAGAAGAAACGACCAGAAGUGAACGUUUGCCAUUUACGUCAGUAGGGUCUAUGAAAGUCCUAAGAGGCCUAUGGGUUGCUUAUGAGAAGCCUGGAUUUAUAGGUCAUCAGUAUUUGCUUGAAGAAGGAGAAUACAAGGAAUGGAAAGACUGGGGGGGUUACAAUGGAGAACUUCAGUCUCUGAGACCUAUAUUAGGUGACUUUUCAAAUGCUCACAUGAUAAUGUACAGUGAAAAAAACUUUGGCUCCAAAGGUUCCAGUAUUGAUGUAUUAGGAAUUGUUGCUAAUUUAAAGGAGACAGGAUAUGGAGUAAAGACACAGUCUAUCAAUGUACUGAGUGGAGUAUGGGUAGCCUAUGAAAACCCAGACUUCACCGGAGAACAGUAUGUAUUGGAUAAAGGCUUUUAUACCAGUUUUGAGGACUGGGGAGGCAAAAAUUGUAAAAUCUCUUCUGUUCAACCCAUUUGUUUGGAUUCUUUCUCUGGCCCGAGGAGACAAAAUCAGAUUCACUUGUUUUCGGAACCACAGUUUCAAGGCAGCAGUCAAAGUUUUGGAGAAACAACAAAUCAAAUUGAUGACUCAUUUUCUGCCAAGUCUUGCAGAGUUUUAGGAGGCAGCUGGGUUGCAUAUGAUGGAGAGAAUUUCUCGGGUAAUCAGUAUGUCCUGGAAGAAGGCCACUAUCCUUGUCUCUCUGCAAUGGGAUGCCUGCCUGGAGCCACUUUCAAGUCUCUUCGUUUCAUAGAUGCUGAAUUUUCUGAACCAACAAUUAUUCUUUUUGAAAGAGAAGACUUCAAAGGAAAAAAGAUAGAACUCAAUGCAGAAACAGUUAAUCUCAGAUCCCUAGGAUUCAACACGCAGAUACGCUCUGUUCAGGUGAUUGGUGGCAUAUGGGUUACUUAUGAAUAUGGCAAUUACAGGGGUCGACAGUUCCUACUGUCACCAGCAGAAGUGCCGAAUUGGUAUGAAUUCAGUGGCUGUCGCCAAAUAGGUUCUCUACGGCCAUUUGUACAGAAACGAAUUUAUUUCAGACUUCGAAACAAAGCAACAGGGUUAUUUAUGUCAACCAAUGGAAACUUAGAGGAUCUGAAACUACUUAGAAUACAGGUCAUGGAGGAUGUCGGUGCCGAUGAUCAGAUCUGGAUUUAUCAAGAAGGAUGCAUCAAAUGCAGGAUAGCAGAAGACUGCUGCCUGACUAUUGUGGGGAGCCUGGUCACCUCGGGCUCAAAGCUGGGGCUGGCCCUGGACCAGAAUGUUGACAGUCAGUUUUGGAGCAUGAAGUCGGAUGGCAGGAUCUACAGCAAGUUGAAGCCCAACUUAGUUUUAGAUAUUAAAGGGGGUGCACAGUAUGAUCAAAAUCACAUAAUCCUCAACACUGUCAGCAAAGAGAAGUUAACACAAGUGUGGGAAGCAAUGGUCCUUUAAACCUGAAGAAUACCAGAGCAAUAUUUUGGAGGUCCUUUCAGCUACCUUAUUUAAGAAAAAACAAGAACUGACAAAAGCAGCAAGGCAAAAGCAGGACUGACUUCUUCACUCUUGAAUCACCCUGCCAUGACUGGAACAACUGUUGAACCUUUUCAAAAGAUAAUUGUUUUUAAGCAAUAAUUUGUCCUUCUUUCAUUUCUUGCCUUUCAUUUCCUUAAACAGGCUGCUUCAUUAGCAGCUUUUGGGUAUUUAAAAGAAUAUUUUAUCAAAACUAAAACUGUUUAAAUUAUUUCUCAAGACAACGUAUAGGAACAAAUUUACUUGACUUUGUAGACCUAUGGAUUCUCGACACUUUUAAGAAAAGCAUAAGAGCUUGAGUUGUAAACUGUUCAGCAUCUGAGAAGAAAGAAUUCAUUAGGUCUGUCAUUUUGGACCAUAUGAUUCUGGAAUCAUUCAUUAUUUUGUAUAACAAAGUGGGAAAAGCAUUAUAUGUUGGGACUUUUUUUUGUUGUUAUAAAUUAGUAAGUUACAAGAUUUCAUGACCAUGUCUGCUAACAUUUAUUAGCAGGAUUUGGUUAUUUUAACACCCCUGGGCUGCCCAAGAAUGUCACAAAUACUGUUUAAUGCUUUUCUUACAGAUGCCAUGGAACAGUAUUACCUUAACCUAACUUAUUAGCUAUUUUCAUCUGUAGUUAGCUCUGAAGCAGUGUUAAAUUGCUAAGCUCAGGUCCCUUAUCCAGCCCCAAUGACAUGAGGCCUAUGGGGUCACCUUACCUGAGUAUUGCAGCCCUUGUGGUCACUUAAUUCUGGUAGCAGAAAUGAGAUGUGGAAAGCGCAGAAGGAUGACCAGCAGUUAUCUCCAGAAAGAGAAGGGAAGGAGGCCUUAAGGGAUCUUUGCUGAACUUUGAAAACCCUAAAAUGCAGCAAGCAUCUCAAUGAAGAUUAUGUUUAACUGACGACAAUUUGCUGGCCCACAUGGUGCUGUUCAAAUAAUGCAUCCAGUUUUGAACAAAACCUCUGAACAUUCCUUGACUAUACUCCUCUUUUUGUCCUCAUUUCACCUGUCCUUGUCACUAAAUACUGGUGCUCUAGUCACAGGAAGAACAAAUCUUGUUUUCCCUUUCAUCUGUCCUGGUGUGUUUCUACUUCUAAAAUGUUGAUCUUCUAGGGAGUCUCUGGUAGGCAAUUCUGAUCAUCAGAGUAGUUUUAUAUCUCAUUUUAAAAUAACAUUUGCACAUGUAAAACAGUCAACAUGUCUGUCUUGUUCUUAGAUGUAUAGCUUUGACUUUAGGCCUUUUGUGCAUAUCAUUACAGUAUGGUGGGUAAAAUAUUCUACAAUAGCCUGUAUAGUUAUCUCCUGAAUAAACUUGUUUCUGAUUAACUAUAUUGA